CCUUCCCAGGCGCUGACGCCUCCCAGUUCAGCCCAGUUCAGUCCCGUCCGGCGGGUGCUGCUGGCUCCAGUCCCUGCUUUCGUGCCGCCGGGCGCGGAGGCGCUCGCAGGGCUGCGGUUGAGUCACCCCGGGAACAGCACCCAGCCAGGGCCGGGGGCACCGCGCACCCGCCAGGGUCCCCGUGGGGUGCUGGGGGGGGGGGGGGGCGCCGAGCCACGGAGACCCCACCACCUGGGCAGCGGGAUGACCGGGGGGGAUCCUGCCCAGCGGCGCCGAGCUGCCCCUCCAGAUGUUGGCAUCGCUGGUGCACGCCCGGCACGCUGAGCACUCCGCGUCCCCAGCCGGGCCAGCCCCGCGGGGUGUCCCCGGGCUGUCCUCGCAGCUCGCCAUGGCGCUGGAGCCCGAGGCGCUGCUGGACCUGAGCUUCCUGACGGAAGAGGAGCGGAGCUCCAUCGCCCGGGUGCUGCACCGGGACUGGCAGCUCCGCCGCCGAGAGGAGGGCCGCAUCAGCAAACUCCGCAAGUCGGUGUCGGACCCGGCGCGGCUGCGGAGCCUCACCGGGGACUGGUUCUGCGACGCCCGGGCCCAGCGCCACCAGCACCGCCUGGGCUCCGACCUGGUCCGAGCCUCCAUCCGCCACAGGAGGCGGCCCCGGGGAACGGGGGACCUGGAACGCAGCCCCAGCCUGGAGGCCACUGAUGAGCUGCUGGCAGAGGAGAAGGAGGAUGAAGAUGGUGCAUUGGAGACAGAUGAGAGUUCCCCCCCAGAGGAGGUGCAGGAGGCCACUGAGCCCCAGCCCAGCCCCCCCGCCCCAGCUGCGGAGGGAACCCCGAGGUCACAGCCUGUGCUCCAGGGUGACGUCCCAGCGAGGGAGCAGGAGAGCCCGGCCCAGCCAGGUGACACGGGAGGUGGGACCUCCUUCGGCUCAUCCAGCACGGAGGAGGAUGAGGAGGAGCCGGACUCGGCGCACGGCAGCCACGACGCUGGGCAGAGAUCAGAGACCCCCCAGAUGGAUCAGAACCCCCCAGACCCACUGUCCUCACAGAAUGGCCAUGCGCCCCCGAGCCUGCUGAGCACCAGCUCCUCUGUGUCCAGCCUCAGCUCCUCCACGCUGAGUGGGAGCCUGAUGAGCCUGUACAGCGAGGGGGAGCUGGGCAGGGUGGCCGUGCGGGGCUGCGUGCAGUUCUCCCUGUGCUACCAGCCGGCCGAGAAGGAGCUGCAGGUGCACGUCCUGCGCUGCCGGGAGCUGGCCGAGGCCAAGAAGCAGCGCUCAGACCCGUACAUCAAGACCUACCUGCUGCCGGACAAGUCCAACCGCAGCAAGCGCAAGACCGCGGUGAGGAAGAGGAGCUUGGAUCCCGUCUUCAAUGAGACCCUCAAGUACAAGCUGGAGAAGAGGGACCUGCAGGGCCGGACCCUGAACCUCUCCGUGUGGCACCAUGACAGCCUGGGCAGAAACCUCUUCCUGGGGGAGGUGGAGGUGGCACUGGGCACCUGGGACUGGGCCAACACACGCCCCGAGUGGUUCAGUCUCCAGCCACGGAUGCCCAUCCCCUCGGACGGCCUCGCCAGCCGCGGCAACCUCAACGUGGCGCUGAAGUUCAUCCCCGCUGGCUCGGAAGGAGGGGGGAUGCCACCCACGGGCGAGCUGCACAUCUGGGUGAAGGAUGCUCAGAACCUCAUCCCGCUGCAGAGCGGCACUGUGGAUGCCUUCGUGCAGUGCUACGUGCUGCCGGAUGACAGCAAGGCGAGCCGGCAGAAGACGCGGGUGGUGAAGCGGAGCCUGAACCCCCUCUUCAACCACACCAUGGUGUAUGACGGCUUCCAGGCCAAGGACUUGGCCGAGGCCUGCGCCGAGUUCACCCUCUGGCACCGUGAAGCCUUUUCCAAGCGCCAGCUGGGUGGCAUCCGGCUCAGCCUGGGCACUGGGAGUAGCUACGGGCUGCCCGUGGGCUGGAUGGACUCGACGGCCGAGGAGAAGCGCGUGUGGAAGCAGCUGCUGCAGCAACCCGGGCACUGGGUGGAGGCGCUGCUCCCCCUGCGGACCAACCUGGCGCCCCGGGCAUAGCCCCCAGGACCAGCUGGUGCCGGCAGGACUGUGGGAUCUGAGGGGUGGGGACCUGGGGUCACUGUGCGAGCUGGGGUCUGUGCCCUCCCCUUCCAGCAGCAAUGAAGUGGCACCAGAGGGUACAUCUGGCAGCUUUUUAUUGCUGUGGGCACA